UACGUCAGCUGCCUUCGCUUUACGGCACCCCGCCAUUUUAUAUUAUGUUAAGAAUACACGCAGCUCACAUUCAACUGUUAGCCGCCACCAGGUCUGGACCGCUGGAAAGACACUCUCCGGUCUAAAUAAUAAAUAAUAAACCGGUCCAGGAGACCUUUAUAAAGGUUGAGCUUCUUCCCUGGUUGAUGGUCUGACAUCUGUGAAGACGGAAACGUUGGAGGAGAAGGUGAAAGAUGACGCAGUUCUUGCCCCCGAACCUGCUGGCCCUCUUCGCUCCGCGGGACCCGAUACCUUUCCUGCCCCAGCUUGAGAAGUUGCCCCAUGAGAAACAUCACAACCAGCCUUACAGUGGCAUCGCACCGUUCAUCAGGCACUUCGAGGAUCCCAGAGAUGCUCCUCCACCAACGAGAGCAGAGACUCGAGAGGAGCGGCUGGAGAGAAAAAGACGAGAAAAGAUUGAGAGGAGGCAAGCCGUGGUGGAGACAGAACUCAAGCUUUGGGACCCCCACAAUGACCCGAACGCCCAAGGGGACGCCUUCAAGACAUUGUUUGUUGCACGAGUGAACUACGAUACUACAGAGUCCAAGCUUCGUCGUGAGUUUGAGGUCUAUGGCCCCAUCAAACGGAUUUACAUAGUCUACAACAAGAAGACGGGGAAACCUCGCGGCUAUGCUUUCAUUGAAUAUGAGCACGAACGAGACAUGCACUCCGCCUACAAGCACGCCGACGGGAAGAAGAUAGACGGUAGACGGGUGUUGGUCGAUGUGGAACGAGGACGCACUGUAAAAGGAUGGCAUCCUCGCAGACUAGGUGGUGGAUUGGGUGGCACGAGGAGAGGUGGAGCUGAUGUCAACAUUAAGCACUCUGGCAGAGAUGAUGCAUCACGUUAUGAUGAUCGCCCUCUGGGGGGUGAUCGGGACCGUGGCGAGCGGAGGGAGCGCAGCCGGGAGCGAGACCGGGACAAAGACAGAGAGCGCCGGAGAUCCCGAUCCCGUGAACGGCGCCGACGUAGCCGCUCCCGUGAACGAGGAGAGAGGGAGAGGGAGCGACCGAUCGGAGGAGGAGGUGGUGGUGGUGGUGGUGGAGGAGGAGAGGACGGCGGCGUUGUUGGUAGCCGGCGCCGAGAGCGAGAAAAAGAUCGAGGCGGGGUGGCGGGAGGAGACAGCAGAAGUAGGGAAAGGAGUCGAGAGAGGAAGAGGAGGAGCAGGAGCCGAGAUCGCAAGAGGGACAGGGAGAGAGCCAAGGGGCUGGACGGGGAGGAGGUCCUCCAGGGAGGAGAAGGAGCUCCGGAAGGCGGAGAUCGGAUGCUGGAGGAGCACGAAGGGGAGGUGGGCGAGGGUAUGGAGGAGCGCCGGGACAGGGACAGAGACAGGGACAGGGAGCGCCGACGGAGCCACAGGGACAGAGACAGACGCCGCGGGGACCGGGACCGAGACAGGGAGCACAAGAGGGAGCGGGGGGAUCGGGAGCGGGGGGAGCGACGGGAGGAGCGCCACAGCUCCCUACGAGACGACAUGGGGCCGCCAGACGAGCUGGGCAACGAGGACGAGGGGGAGGUGGUGCCCCACAUGGAGGAGUACAGCCAGGACGGCAUGAUGAUGGAGCAGCAGACCGGACCUCCUGCUGACGGCUACAACUCCAGCGAGAACGGCUACAAGAUGGAGACGCCAGCAGAUGAGUACUGAGGUGCCGCCCACUCGACCCGGCCCGUAAAUUUUUUUUGUUGUCAAGGAAGCUUAAAUGAUGUCAGGGCAGAUAUUCAAAUAUUCCACUUCCUAUUGUUGCACGUGCAUUUGAUGCAUUGAAACUGAUUCGAUCUCACCAAAAUUUCAGCUUUCCAUAUCUCCCGCCACCAAUUUUUUUUUAUUUUUUUUUUACAUUUUUGUCAAUAAUUCAAGCUAGGUAUGUAUUUUUUUUCCAACUUGGCUUGGGAUGAACUCUCAAAACACCAGAUUUAUUUGUUUAAGAUGUGUUCUAUUUUCAGCUCAUGUGGAAUCAAGUGAUAAAUUUCUCCGAUGUAUGUGAAAUUGAAGAUAAGUACUACUGUGUGACAAUUUAGUUAUUCAUUCUGGGAUAAAGUUCUUUUUUCUUUGUCUGCUGUUUGUUAGAUUUGCAAGGUUAUUUUAAUAAACACGUGGCUUAAAGCCAGAACUCCU